AUGAUAUAUUCUUAACAACCCUACUACUACUUUCCUUUCUAUUAACCCUAAGUAGUAUAUCCCGUCUAUUAUUUACCAAUUGAACCUUCUAAACAACAAGAAACUCAAGUAGAACAUGCAUAAAGCUCAAUAAAUAAUAAUAUGCCAUCAAAUAUUUAAUAAGCUAACUAUGAUACUGAUGAAUUAGAAGCUGGAAAUAAAGAUAAGAUUAAAAACAUAAAAAAAGAAACAAAAUAAAAAAAAGAAAUAGUAAUUGAGAAAAAAAAAGUUUAAAGAGAUGCGAAACUGAAGGAUAUAUUGGACUCGACUAAUUUACAUAAAAAUUUCACUAAAGCCUUAGUUGCUUAUGCAAUAAGACAGCAAUUCAUAAUUUAUAAAUUGUUAGGAGAAAAAAAAGGAUAAUCAUUUCUUGAAUUAAUGCAUACUGUUAAAAAUAAACUUUGUAAUCUUGCUCAUAUAUUAUAAUUUACCAGAAAUGAUGAAUUCUUGAAAACUUUUCGAACUUUAGGGUAUAAAAUAUAAAAUAUUCUUAAGAUUUAUUUUCCUUAAAAAAGAGUCAGUCUCUUACAUUUAUAAUUCUAAAAUUCAGCAGAAGACAAGCCAUUUGAAGCAUAAAGCCAUCAUUAAGAAAACCCUGCUUAAAAUUUGA